UCGCUGUAUUUGAAUAUUUUAAUCCUUUUAGAAACGUUAGUGUAUAAAACUGUUUCUUUCUUCAUCUUCUGCUGCUCAUAAACUUGUUUCUAGUUUCCAAAUUUAAAUCACAAUUAAUAUAUUACUAUUCAUGUAUUAAAAGAAAAUAAAUUAAUUUAGUUACAUUUCAAAUGAACGGGUGUUUUCAGUAAAACGAAAAGCGUGAAUUUGUACACCACAUUUUGUGUUAACUGUGUUUUACCAUCAGCUCUUUAUAGAUCUUAUCAGUUGAAUGUCAGUUCUAUUACCUCUGACACAUUUUAUUUUGAAAGAAAAGUAAAGUAUUACAUUGAUUUCUGUGUUCCUAACUCUGACAUUACAGGAUGAACUUGGUGAAGAAGACUGAAGGGUCCAGUCACAUGUUGUCAGGUGAGAUCUCACUGCUCACUACAUGCAGAUUUAUACUCAUAUCAACAGUGGUGGAGGAAGUAUUCAGAUCAGUAGAAGUACUAAUACCACACUGUAAAAGUACUCUGUUAAAGCUGCAGGUCUAUCAUUACAUUAUUAUUACUGAUGCAUUCCUGUAAAAGCAGGAUUUAACUGUAGUAGUUGGUUGAGCUGGAGCUCAUUUUGAACUGUUAACUCUUUGCUUUGUAAUACUAGUGGAGUAUUACACUGUAGUACUUCUUCUUUGGUGAUAUUGGUUUUAAAUCGCUCUGAAGCUUGAAAUGCAGGUUUGGUUGAGGACGAAAUUCACCUGCUUCAUCAAGAAUACGAGCCGAGGAGCCGAGAAGUAUUUCACAACUAAAGGGCAUGUUUUAACCGCGAGGCUCUGUUGUAACUGAGGAAACAAAGUGCCGCUCCUCUUCCUGGAAUGAACCAGAGCCUGAUAUCCCCUCCCUCCUCUUCCUCCUCUCCCUCCUCUUCCUCCUCUCAAACACACCCAGUUGCACUCGGUCCUCUUAUUUCCUCGUUCCCUCCCCUUCAGAUCUACAGUUUUGAAGAUGGGUGUAACCGACAUGGUGGUGCGGUGAGAGCUGACAGGCUGCAUUCAGUGCACAUGUUGUUUAGAUCAGAGCUCAAACUAGUUUCACUUCUCAGGAAGUGAGACUCAGACAGUCGUCGUCUCUGAGAGGUGAAAUGGCGCAGCAAGGAAAUCAGCUGGAUCACGAAAGGUUCUCUUGUUCGAUCUGUCUGGAUCUACUGAAGGAUCCGGUCACUACUUCCUGUGGACACAACUACUGCAUGAACUGUAUUAAAGGCUUCUGGGAUGGAGAGGAUGAGAAGAAGAUCUACAGCUGCCCUCAGUGUAGGCAGACCUUCACACCGAGGCCUGUCCUGAUGAAAAACACCAUGUUAGCAGAUUUAGUGGAGGAACUGAAGAAGACUGGACUCCAAGCUGCUCCUGCUGAUCACUGCUAUGCUGGACCUGAAGAUGUGGCCUGUGAUUUCUGCACUGGGAGGAAACUGAAAGCCUUCAAGUCCUGUCUGGCGUGUCUGGCCUCUUACUGUGAGAAACACCUCCAGCCUCAUUAUGACUCAGCUCCGUUCAAGAAACACAAGCUGGUGGAGCCCUCCAAGAAGCUCCAGGAGAACAUCUGCUCUCGUCACGAUGAGGUGAUGAAGAUGUUCUGUCGUACUGAUCAGCAGUGUAUCUGUUAUCUCUGCUUAAUGGAUGAACAUAAAGGCCACGACACCGUCUCAGCUGCAGCAGAAAGGACCGAGAGGCAGAGAGAGCUGGAGGUAAGUCGACUCAACAUCCAGCAGAGGAUCCAGGACAGAGAGAAAGAUGUGAAGCUGCUCCAACAGGAGGUGGAGGCUGUCAAUCGCUCUGCUGAUAAGGCAGUGGAGGACAGUGAGAAGAUCUUCACCGAGCUGAUCCGUCUCAUGGAGAAAAGAAGCUGUGAUGUGAAGCAGCAGGUCAGAUCCCAGCAGAAAAGUGAAGUGAGUCGAGUCAAAGAGCUUCAGGAGAAGCUGGAGCAGGAGAUCACUGAGCUGAAGAGGAGAGACGCUGAGCUGAAGCUGCUGUCACACACAGAGGAUCACAAUCAGUUUUUAAUCAACUACCCGUCACUGUCACCACUCAGUGAAUCUACACACUCAUCCAGCAUCAAUAUCCGUCCUCUGAGCUACUUUGAGGACGUGACGGCGGCUGUGUCAGAAGUCAGAGAUAAACUACAGGACGUUCUGAGAGAGAAAUGGACAAACGUUUCACAGACAGUGACUGAAGUGGAUGUUUUACUGUCACAACCAGAGCCCAAGACCAGAGCUGGAUUCUUAAAAUAUUCACGAGAAAUCACACUGGAUCCAAACACAGCACACACAAAGCUGUUAUUAUCUGAGGGGAACAGAAAAGUAACAGUAAUGAGAGAACAACAGUCUUAUUCUAGUCACCCAGACAGAUUCACUAGAUGUUUUCAGGUCCUGAGUAGAGAGAGUCUGACUGGACGUUGUUACUGGGAGGUGGAGAGGAGAGGGAGAGGAGUUUAUGUAGCAGUCGCAUACAAGAGUAUCAGGAGAGCAGAGGGGCCGAAUGAAUGUUGGUUUGGACGGAAUGACAAAUCUUGGGCGUUAUAUUGCAACAACAACAGUUGUACAUUUUGGUACAACAGAGUCGAAACUCCCGUCUCAGGUCCUCCGUCCUCCAGAGUAGGAGUGUACCUGGAUCAGAGUGCAGGUAUUCUGUCCUUCUACAGCGUCUCUGAAACCAUGACUCUCCUCCACAGAGUCCAGACCACAUUCACUGAGCCUCUCUAUGCUGGACUUUGGCUUUUAUAUGGUUCUGGAGUCACUGCUGAGUUGUGUAAACUGAAAUAGACAGAAGUCAUUUAAGGGUUCAAUUCUGU